AUGCACUUCCCUCAUGUCCUCCUCUUUGGUGCAGUCGCGCUGCUCGCUUCUUCGGAUGCUCGAUUGCACUCGAUUCCGGUCAAUUUGACCUCGUUGGAGCCGAAUGGUAUCACUUCUGCGCGCCCAGACGACGCGCAGUCGGGUCAACGCGCCAAGGAUGGCGAUCCCGUGGAUGAAGACGACAACGACGAAGGCGAAGAAGAAGAUGAGAGGAUCUUUGACUUCAAAGGGCUUCUUGGGAUCGAGAAACUCCAGCGAUUUCUACAGCCGAAAGUGACUAUGGGAAAGCUGGGUACCUGGAUCAGCCAAGAAAAGUCACCCGACUACGUGUUCGAGAAGUUUGGCUUCCACAAGCCUGGGAAGGAGCAUUUCGACAACCCGGACUUCAACGUGUGGGCUGCGUACACGAAACUUGUCGUAAAAGACGACCCUGAGAAAGCAAUGCUGGCUAUGCUGAGGAAGUACCACACGGAAGAGGAGCUGGUGAGAAAGCUUGCAGCAGCGAAGGAGGGCGACGCAACGAAUGCCAUUUUCUCCAGAUUGUACGCCGAGUGGAUGGCUGAAGGAAAAACUCCGCUCGAUGUGUUCAUGGCUUUUGGGCUGCAUGAGGCAAAGACCGUUGACGCAAAAUACACUUCGUUUGCCAGAUGGCUCGACUUCAUUGAUACACAGAACAAGGAUCAGGGAAACGCUGGACUGAUCAUGCUUACGGCGGUGGCAGGACAUGUCAGCUAUUCCGAUCUGAUACAGCUGCUUGGAAAAGCAAAGACCGAGGCGGCUCAAAUCGCGAGAAACAUGCUACCGCGUUUCUGGAGUAAAAAUGGUCCAAACGAGGCAUUUAAAGAGGCUGCGCUCAAGGGAGAUGGCGAAUUACUGUCGAGCGCAGGGUUUCUGGCGUGGAUAAAGUUUAUGAGCAGUCAUAACAAGGCGAACCCUUCUCAAAAAGCGAGCGUGUUUGAGACGAUGGAACGCUUCUUUGGUGAGGAACAGUUGACAACGGUCUUAAUCACGGCAUCGAAGAAUUCUGUAUCCACUGAACUAUCCAAAGAAUUGCUAUCCAAGCAGAUCGCGCAAUGGAAGAAGAAGGCAAGUGAACUUCCGGAUCUCAAAGAUACUGGGUAUACGGCAAAAGCUAUCUUAAAGAAGCUACAACUGGAUGGAGACAAAAACGUCGUCACGAACCCGCUAUUCAGUCUCUGGCGCCAGUAUUCCAUAGAGACUGCACAAGGGUCUUCCAUGAUUGAAGCACUUCUCCAUAACUACAAAAGCGAUGUUCUUGCGAAGAUGAUUCUCGAAGCAAAAACGAUAGAAGGCUCAGAGCUGACAGCUAAACGCGUGGAGGCCCAACUUUUUGCGCACCUGUCAAUGGUGGCAAAAACAUACAGUGUUGAUCCUGACACCGUCGCCCGCUCAGCUUUUAAACUUGGCCCUAAAACGGAGGAUGACGAGCCAAAGGGCCCUUUGAAAGGCAUGUACGAUGACUUCAUGGUGUUUGCCAAGACAUCGAUGAAUUUGAAAGUUGACGCGGCAGUGACACCGUUAGAGACGGUGCAGAAGAAGCUGGAUGAUUCAAGACUUUUGAACGAGAAGAUGGCGGAACUGACGAAGCCGGAUGAUUCAAGACCUUUGAUGGAGAAGGUAGCGGAAGCGAGGGAAGUGUUGAGGAAGGAAGAAGCAGCCAGGGUACGAGCAAUGUCGAGAAAGACCUUGCAGGAUUUUCUCAUGGAGCCACAUUAG